CCACCACCACCUCGCCCUGUGCUCUGCCCGGCCUGCGAUGUCGCUGGAGACGCCGCGCCCCUCGCGCACAGCGCACCUGCGCGAGGGCGAGGCGCACGCCAGCAGCAGCAGCAGCAGUAGCUCGCCAUCCGGCGCACUCGCCUCGCCCUCCACACCCACCGCCUCGUGCCUGCACGACGACGACGUGGGCGACGUGUCGCUCGACAGCACCAGCGGCGUCUCUGCGCGCGCGCGCCGCGCCGCCAUCGAGCUCAGCCUGCCGACGCGCCGCCGCCUCAUCCGCAAGCCGCUGCCCGAGCUGCCGGGCGCGCUGGCGCCGGGCAUCGAGGAGCAGGAGCAGCUGCUCGGCGCGCCCGUGCGCAGCGCCUCGCCGCCCGGCCUGCGUGCUCUCGCCUGGCUGCCCGAAGAGCUGCCGGAGAGCGAACCGCUGCCAGACGAGCCGGACGACGUGCAGACUGGCGCAGGCCUCGAUGCGCAGUCGAUGGAGCAUCUGCGUCAGAUCCUCGCGCACCUGGCGCCCGACGAGGACGACGCAGGCCGCAGCACACAGGCACACUCGCAGGAGCUCUCGGCCGCACUGCUCGAUGCCGUCGCUGCUGCAUGCAAGAGUCUCUCUGCGCCUGACACGCUGAGCGCCCUCCAACGCACCGCCGCCAUGCGCUGGCGCGCCGAGGAGUCGCUGCGCGCCGCUUCGAUUGGCGCCACGCCCGCACCUUCGUCGAGCCGCUGGCCUCGUCUACCUUGGGCAGCGCUAGGCGCAUCCAGCCCGAGCGUCAUGACCGCUGCUAGCUUUCUGGGCCCACGCUACGACGAGGACAUCGUUGCGCCCGGGCCGCGUGCGCCGGGGCCAGAGGGAGAGGCUCGCGUCCGCAAGCGCGAUGUGGCGGUGCGCAUGCUGGCCAACGCUGCGUGGCUCGUGCGCUCCUACUCUCCGCUCCCGACUGUGCCGCCGACAGAGCCGUCGAGCGAGCCGCCGGCACCAGCGCCAGCCGUGCCAGAGGAUGCCGCCAAGGAGGCAGCAAAGCCGAGCAAGAACAAAGGUGCGGCACCAGCUCUGCUCAUGAAAGGGCCGACAGCCACAACGGCACUGAACACUGGCGGCAAUGGCUCGACUCCACCAUCGCCGCCGAAGACUGCGGCAGCACGACCAGGCCCCUCGCCGCUGCCUCACAGCACCGGCAGCAGUCGCGCCAUGGCCUCGCUCAGCGCAGCGGCCGGUGCGUCCCUGGCCGCCGCUGUGCGCGCGGAGAGCCAGGGGUCCGCGAGCAGUCGCGGCACGUCGCGCGCUCCAUCAAGACGUCCGAGCGUCACCAGUCUCGCUUCGCACGCCAGCUCUGCCCGCCCCGUCAGCUUCGACGCCGCAGCGCAGGCCGAGACCGAGGCGCUCGAACGCGCCAAUCGCGAGUGGCUCGAGCGUGUGGGCACGCAGUGCUCAGCGGCAGCUCGCGUCUGCGUGGCGCGCGUCUGUCUGCGCACGCAUGUCGGCCACGGCGAGCGCACCAUGCGGGGCCGCGGCGCAGCGCUCGAGGACAAUGACACUGCAGGGCCACCGCCGCUCGUGGAGUGGCACGAUGGCAUCUUUGAUGGGCCGGAGCUGCUGGGCGAUGGACCUGCAAAUCGCGGUGGGCAGGGCGCGUCCGAUCAGACGCGCGUACGACGCGUGGGCGGCACUCUUGUGCUGUACCUCAAAGACGACGAAGAGGCAAAGUGGACACGAGAGGCGCUCGAGAUUCUGCUCUAUGCCGGCACGUCGAUGCUGCUCGAAGCUGCGCUGCUUGCAUCAGUAGGCGCACCACGCCCGCAGCCGGCGACAGAGCCCGUCGUGCCGCGUCCGCGCACAUCGUCGCUGGCGCACGACCUCCGCUCGCGCGAGCCGUCCGAUGCGUCGACGGCAGACUCGGACAUCACUGUCACCGACGAGCUGCGCUCGCCGCGCCGCUGGGGCGCGGGCUUCUGGGGCGUGGGCCAGGCUGUCAGUGCGGCACUGCGAGGGCCGUCUAGGGCUGAGGGUGGAAGUCGACACGCGCACAAGAGCUCCGCGAGCGGCAUGCUCGAGCGUGUGCCGACUGCCGAAGGCUCACCGGGCCCUACCUCGGUGCGCUCGAGCAUCGGCUUCCCGCGCUCACGCACUCGUGAGGACAGCGGGAGUGGCAGUGCCCUCGGCUCGCGCGCCAGCCGCCAGUCACGUACUGGCACGCCGCACGAGUCGAGCUAUGGUGUCGCUCGCCUGGGCCGCCUCUUUACUUCGAGCCUCAGCAAAGGCACGUCGGCUGCGAGCAGCGAGGCCGAGCAUGCGUCUCGCUGGGCAUCCCUGAAGGAGGACGACAAGGGCGAGCAGGACGAGACGCCGGACGCAGCACGCCGCCGCGCGCCUUCACUGCCAGAGAAGGUACUGCCUUCACCCGCGAUUGUGCCCGCGCCGGUCCCGGCACGGCUGGGUCCGGCGCCGCUCACGACCUCACCCGAGCUGGCGGCGCUGUGGAAGGCCGACGCCGACAAGAGCCUGACGGGCGCAGCGUACGCACAGGCUUUCAAAGCUGCCCAACAUCUCCCUUUCCUCGUCGAGGGAUCUACGCUGGUCGGCUUUGCCAAGCACCACGAUGUGGCGCAGGGCACGGCUGGCGCUGUCCCGGCCGCUCCGUCUUCGUCCAGCCACGUCGGCCCGACUGGCUGUUCAAGCGACCAGAGCCUCGCGCGCGAAGAGGUGCGCUUCUAUGCGCGCGAAGGGCAAGCACGCGACGUGCCGCUCGGCCAGCUCAUCGAAGAGAUGUGUGCACGCGUCAAGCAGCAGGAGAGCGAGCGUGCGACACGCACGGCGCAGCCGCGCCUCAGCAGCAGCAGCGAAGCUCCGUCCACCUUGGCGCCGCAGCGCCAUGCGAUUCACUACACGCACGGGCAGCAGCGCGUCAGUGUCAUUGCCCAGCUGCUGCCGCCCGAGCUGCUGCGCGAAGAUGCUGAGAACGAAAGUGCUGCUGUACAAGCGGCCACCGAGGAGAAGGAGGACGUGGCGGCCAUCGUCGCGGCGCUGCACAUGGAGGCGGACAGCGCACGCGCCGCUGUUGCCGCGGCCGACACGGCCGUGUCUGCCAUCGAGGGCGGCGUCAAGGCUGCCACAGGCCAGCUCACGUCGCAGCGGCAUGGCCUGUGGAUGUGGACUGUCGAUGCGCGGAGCGGCGAGCAUACCAAGGCGCGCCUCAUGCCCCAGGCCACGUACCUCAUGUCCUUUGCCCGGUACCUCGAGGCAUUACUGUACCACCCGGCGCUACAGAAUGGCGUGCCAGCGGCGCAGGCUGUCGUGCUCAAGCGGCUGCAGGCAGCGCAGCGCCACGACUUCGUCCGCGCCUUCCGCAUGGGACGAGUACUGGUGAAAAUCUCCACGCAGCCGCUCACGGUGUACCAGCUGGCCAUCGAGGGUCCCUCGAUCUUCUGCCAGAAGAGCGACAAGGCAUCGCGCGGCGCCAAAGGCUCAGCUUCGCUACGGACCGGGGGCUCGCGCACCGCGCCUCUGCUCGACAAGACGCGCCUCGAGAUCCAGAACUUCUUCACCACCGUCAAGGCGCAGAUCACGAGCCUGGAGCAUCUCUUUGUGGCGCGCGAGCUCGACGACAAGGGCCGCACCAUCAAGCCGCCCAAGAGUCUGAGCAAGGCCUCAGAGACUGACUUUCUCGGCGAUCCAACUACGCCGACGCUGGACUCUGGCUCGUGGGGCAGCGCAUCCAUGGAGCCGCUGUCGCUGCUGAACAAGCUGCGCCUAUCGCUGACCAGCCACGAGUUCGACCUCUACGACUCGCUGAAAGAGACAGACGCCGACAUCGUCAACGACGUUCGGAAGGCGUUCAACGAUCGCGCCAAGUCGGCAAAGAACCGCCUGAACGCCUGGGCGCGCAAGCACCUCACCAAGGCUGAGCUUCUCACUCUCGGCCCGCUCGAGUUCGACGAGCCAGAAUACUUUGCGCGAGGCCUCCACACUUUUCCCGGCUCGCGCCACGUCGUGCGCGAGGACGAGCCGCUGAGCAUCAUUGCCUUUUCGCUCUCCUCGCGCGACUAUCAGCACGAGGUAGGCGGGCACGCCGCCAAGGCAGAGCACGAGCAGCGCGUGCUCAACUGGCGCACCAGCGUCGUUCCUGGUGCGAGCGGCUCUCAGCUGUCGUCGAGCUCGGGCGCGCCAUCCCUGGCGCUCAGCGAGCAGUCGCAGCGCUCGGCCGCCUCUGGCCAGCUGGAUCCGGACUUUGACGAGAUCUUCCACGACGCACAGCCGGUGCGCGUGGCGAUGAAGCGCAAGCGGCGCGGACGCGAGCAGUCGAUUCUGUCGCUCACGCUGCGGCGCGUGGGGUCCACCAUCUCGGCCACUUCCGAGACGCGGCCGCACGCCGCGGAGGCCGAGGGAGCUGCGCCGCUCGCCAGUCACUCGAGCGAUUCGUCAAGCCAUGCAGACACGGUGCUCGAUGAUGGACGCGCGGUGGAGCCGAGCGAGCCGGCCAACACGCAGUCUUGCCUCUCGUCGCUCUCGCCCCGCUCGCUGGACGACCACAACAGCGAGGCGACGCCGCCGGCGAGCCGCCUCGCGCCUGGCAAGAACCACCGCUUCGACGGCUCGAUCAGCUCGGCCGGGACGAAUAGCACGUUCCGCGCGCAGGUCGUGCAGGUGUCCGGCCAGCCGCCGUCGCUCGCCUCGCUGUUCAGCCGGGAUCUCAACGGAGACUCGUCUGUCGACUCGGCAUCUCUUGCGGAGAGCUCUGCUGCCAGUGUCUCGCUUGGCCCGCUGUGGAAUCGCAACGACGGCUUCAACAGCGUGCGCGAGCCGAAGGCGGAGGCUGUUGCAGACCACGGCCAGCGCAUCGCCUCCGAGGGCACGCUGGGACUCACGCCGCCGCCGAUGACCUCCGGGCUGCCCGUGUCGAGCGGCAGCGCGACGCCAGGCGGCCUUGGCGAGGGCGUGCUUAGCGCUGCUGCCGUGCCGCGGCACUCGGCGCCAGCCAUUGCCGAGCACAUCAAGCACAACGUCUUCCACGGCUCCACGAAGCUCUCGUGCGUCAGCUGGUUCGCGCAGGACUUUGCCACGCUGCGGCAGCGCUGGGGCAUCGAGGACGCCGACUAUGCCGAGAGUCUGAGCCGCUGUGUCAUGUGGACGGCCAGCGGCGGCAAGAGCAAGAGCGCCUUCUUCAAGACGCACGACGACCGCUUCGUCGCCAAGCAGCUGCUCACGGUGUGGUCCGUCGACGAGAAGGAGGCCUUCCUCGAAUUUGCGCCGGCCUACUUGCGCUACAUGAUGAACGCGGCGGUGAAUGACUGUCCGACGCUGCUCGUCAAGAUUGCCGGCGUGUACAGCCUCAAGAUCAAGCAGGUCGGCGGCGACACGCGCCUCAAGAUGAACAUCAUGCUGCUCGAGAAUCUGUGGACUGGCAAGGAGAUGGCGCGCUUCGACCUCAAGGGCAUCCGCGACCGCCGCACCAAGCCCGGCGGCGCCGUGGCAGAAGAGACGGGCUCGCCCGUGCUCUGGGACGCCGAGUGGCUCGACAUGUUCCACGCACCGCACGUGCCCGAGGCGCACAAGGAGCUCUUCCAGCGCGCCAUUGCCAACGACCUGCACUUCCUGCAGCAGACGCAGAUCAUGGACUACUCGCUGCUGCUCGGCGUCACCGAGCCGACGACAGCCGACGACGGCGAGCAGCGCGGCAGCAGCGUCGAGGCGCCGGCGCCGCGCAUCCAGACGCGCAUCGUCGACAUCAUCGGCGCGUGGACGCUGGCCAAGAGUCUCGAGAGCUCGGGCAAGCGGGCGCUCAAGAGCAACAAGGACAACGUCACCAUCCUGCCGCCGCGCGACUACGCCGCGCGCUUCAGCGCCUCGAUGAACUCGUACUUCACCGGCACGCCGCAGCGGGCCGCGAGCGGCACGCCACAGCCACCUGCUGGCGGUGUCGUCCAGCCCGAGGCACUGCCCUCUGUCUUCUAGUCACAACCUUGACUCUCUUUCACGCACUCACGACUUCUCUCUGCAUCUGUAUCUCUACACCUCCCUCAUUCCCUCUCCCCCAGCACGCGCCCCGCGCCGGACCCUCUUCCAAAUCCUAGGCAU